AUGGAAAUGGACAAAGAACCAUAUGACUAUAUAUUUAAAAUUAUCAUUAUUGGAAAUGGAAGUUGUGGGAAAACAAGCAUCUUGUAUCACUAUUUGAAUGGGAAAUGUAAAUAGAUGUUAUGAAUGAGAUUAGAACCAAAGAAUGUUGCCUAGACUGUGGGGGUUGAGUUUUCUUCAAAAAUGAUUUCAAUAAAAGGGAAAUCGAUAAAAUUGCAGCUGUGGGACACGGCAGGUCAAGAGCGAUAUAGAUCAAUUGCAAGAACGUAUUACAGGGGAGCAUUAGGAGCAAUUUGCCUUUUUGAUUUGACAAACGUGGAAUCGUUCUAAAAUAUGUAGCAGUGGAUUAAGGAUGCAAGAGACUUUGCAAGGCCUGAUAUUUGUAUAAUAGCAUGUGGGAAUAAGGUAGAUUUGAUCGUAUGCAAUUUAUAUUAAAAAAGGAAUAAAGAAGAAUUACUGAGAGUUAGGUAUAAAAAUUAGUGAAAGAAUAUUCAAUUGAUUCUUAUUUUGAAACGAGUGCAGUAACAGGGGAGCAAAUAGAGAAUAUGUUUUUGACAUUAUCAGGGAAAUUAGUUUAAAGGAUAGACAAUGGGUUGAUUGAGAAGAACGAUUUAAAACCAAUAUUAUUGGCUACACAUUCCUCAAAGGAAGAAGCGAAAGAAUAAACUUGUUCUUGUUGA